AUGUAAUAUUAAUAGUUUUCAGAGAGUGAACAAUAAUAAAGUACAUUAAAUUUAGGAUUAUUUUAUUUAUUUUACAAUUCUGGUAGUGGAAGUGUUAAAGCUAAUUAAUUUUGUAUAUUAGAUGUAAUAAUUCAUUAAUAAUAUAGUGUGCAGAUAUCACUUUAAAUAUUGAAGGUAAAGAUGUACAGAUCUCAUUUUUCAGUAUAUAAAAUGUGACAUCUAGAAAUCAGGGUUAUAGUAAAUUAAAGGAAGAUUUACGAAUAAGUAAGUUUUUUAGUUUGAUGCAGAUAAUAAAUAAAUUCCAAUCAUUAUAGCAGGAGGAGAUGGUUCAAUGAUGUGGGUGAUUGAGUAAAUGAUAUCUUAAAACAUUGACAUUAAUUAAAUAGUUAUUAUUCCAUUACCUUGUGGAACAGGAAAUGAUUUCUCAAAUGCAUUAGGUAAUAAUAUAAUUGUAUUUAAUAUAAAGGAUGGGAUACAGAUAUACCUGGAAAUAUGUUAGAAAAUAACUAUAAAAUAUUAAAAUAAUAUAUAAGAUGUUGGUAGAGAGGACAUUAAUGUUUUUUUGAUAUUUGGGAUAUUACAAUAUAAACAUAAUAAGAUGGUUAUUUUUAGGAGAUAAAGAAGAAUGAAAAAGGAUAUAUUAAAUAAAGUGUCAAAGAUUUAGAUGGAAUGAAUACAAAUAGUUUAGAAAAGAAAAUGUCUAAUUAUUUUAGUAUAGGUGUUGAUGCAAGAAUAGGAUAUGGAUUUGAUAAAAAUAGAACAACUAAUAGACAUAUAAAUAAAAUUUGUUAUUGUUUAUAAGGAAUAUAAAAGAUGUUCUUAAAAAAUCCAAGAGUAAAUUAAGUUGUGUAAUUUGUUGAACAUUUUGUAUCUAUUUUGAACCUUAUAUAUAUUAGAAUCAUAAAGAGUAAAAAACACUAUUCAAAACUGUUAAUUGUUAAGAUAAAAAUGCUUUAACUGUUCCUGGAAAUCCUGCCACAUUAGUAUGUUUGAAUAUCAAUUCAUAUGCUGCUGGAAUUACAGAUAUUUGGAAGAAUGCAAAAACUCCAUAAGAAUUUCUAUAAAAAAAUAAAUUAUAUUCUGAAAAAACAUCAUUUUCUGAUGGAUUAUUAGAAUUUAUAUCCUUUGAUUCUAUUGUAGGUAUUGGAUCUGAAAGGUUAAUAUUUAUUAAUAUUAAAAUAGAGUAUUGUCAGGGAAUGCCACAAGAUUAGCUUAAACUAAUGGACCAUUAUAUAUUAAAUUUUAAGAAUCAAAUGAUAAUACUACUGUAAAUAGUUAUAUUCAAAUUGAUGGAUAAUUUUUUUGUGUUGUUAAUCCUUUAAGUGUAGAAAUUUAACCCUGUAGAAUAUUACCUUAAGGAAAAAUUAAAAUUUUAAUGAAGAAUUGA